ACAAUUCCUGACAAGAUGGCGCCCGGUAAAAGAAUUGUAUACUUUUAUGAUCCCGAUGUCGGAAAUUACCACUAUGGUCCCCAUCAUCCUAUGAAGCCUCAAAGAAUUGCCAUCACACACAGUCUAGUGAUGAACUACAAUCUAUAUAAGCACAUGCAGAUGUACAGGCCCUACCAUGCAGCUUCGACAGAUAUGUGUAGAUUUCAUUCAGAGGAUUACAUAGACUUUUUACAAAGAAUAUCACCAAGAAACACAGCCUCCUUUAGUAAACAAUUUAGUCUGUACAAUGUCGGAGACGAUUGUCCAGUUUUCGAAGGAUUAUUUGAUUUUUGCUCCAUCUAUACCGGAGCAUCCCUAGACAGCGCCAUUAAACUUAAUCACGACAUAUGCGACAUAGCAGUAAAUUGGUCGGGAGGUCUACAUCACGCAAAGAAAGCCGAAGCAUCGGGUUUUUGUUAUGUUAAUGAUAUAGUUAUUGGAAUAUUGGAACUAUUAAAAUACCACCAAAGAGUUUUGUACAUAGAUAUUGAUAUUCAUCACGGAGAUGGUGUCCAAGAAGCAUUCUAUCUAACUGAUAGAGUUAUGACUGUAUCUUUCCACAAAUAUGGCAAUUACUUCUUCCCCGGUACUGGGGAUAUGUAUGAGAUUGGAGCAGAAACUGGUCGUUAUUAUUCAAUUAAUGUCCCCUUAAGGGAAGGUAUUGACGAUCAAACAUACAUGAGUGUAUUCAAGCCUGUCAUGAAUCAUGUUAUUGACUUUUUUCAACCUUCCUGCAUUGUCUUACAGUGCGGAGCAGACAGUUUGGGCAGCGAUCGAUUAGGUUGUUUUAAUCUAAGCGUUAGAGGUCACGGAGAAUGUGUCAAAUUUAUUCGGGAUAAAAAUAUCCCUCUUAUGGUUUUAGGAGGUGGUGGAUAUACACCAAGAAAUGUUGCCAGAUGUUGGGCUUAUGAAACAUCGGUAUUGUUAGAUGAAGAACUAGAAAAUGAUAUUCCAUAUAAUGAAUAUGCGGAAUAUUUUGCACCAGAUUUUAUUCUCCACCUUGAUAUUGCCUCAAAACAAGAAAAUAUGAAUAAUAAACAAUACUUAGAGAGCAUAAAACAGACUGUAUUCGAAAAUCUUAAAAUGCUUCAACAUGCACCAAGUGUUCAAAUGCAAGACGUUCCACCGGAUUUUUAUCAAAUAGACGAAAGAGGAGAACAAGAUCCUGAUUCUAGAAAUCUUUUAGAUGAUGAAAAAAGAGCAGAACACGGGGGAGAAUUUUACGAUAAUGAGCGAGAUCAAGAUAGGGAAAGCGAAUCUACCAUAAUAGGAUAA